GGCGGCGGCCGCGCUGCCCGCUCGCCUCUCCCCCGCCGCCGCCCGCGGGGCCGGGACCCGAUGCGGUUGGAGCCGCGGAGCCUGGAGGAGCCCCGAGCGUUUCUGCUUCGGAACAACCAUAUAUAUAACUCCUUCAAAUAGUUUUACAUGUGAAAUUUGUAAAGGAUCAGAACAAUGCCUCCACGACCAUCAUCAGGUGAACUGUGGGGCAUCCACUUGAUGCCCCCAAGAAUCCUAGUAGAAUGUUUACUGCCAAAUGGAAUGAUAGUGACUUUAGAAUGCCUCCGUGAGGCCACAUUAAUAACUAUAAAACAUGAACUCUUCAAAGAAGCAAGAAAAUACCCUCUCCAUCAACUUCUUCAAGAUGAAUCUUCUUACAUUUUCGUAAGCGUUACCCAAGAAGCAGAAAGGGAAGAAUUUUUUGAUGAAACAAGGCGUCUUUGUGACCUUCGGCUUUUUCAGCCCUUUUUAAAAGUAAUUGAACCAGUAGGCAAUCGUGAAGAAAAGAUCCUGAAUCGAGAAAUUGGUUUUGUUAUUGGCAUGCCAGUGUGUGAAUUUGAUAUGGUUAAAGAUCCAGAAGUACAGGAUUUCCGAAGAAACAUUCUGAAUGUUUGUAAAGAAGCUGUGGAUCUCAGAGAUCUCAAUUCACCUCAUAGUAGAGCAAUGUAUGUCUAUCCUCCAAAUGUAGAAUCUUCACCAGAACUGCCAAAGCACAUAUAUAAUAAAUUAGAUAAAGGGCAAAUAAUAGUGGUGAUUUGGGUCAUAGUUUCUCCAAAUAAUGACAAGCAGAAAUAUACUUUGAAAAUCAACCAUGACUGUGUACCAGAACAAGUAAUUGCCGAAGCAAUCAGAAAGAAAACCCGGAGCAUGUUGUUAUCCUCUGAACAACUAAAACUUUGUGUUUUAGAAUAUCAGGGCAAGUAUAUUCUAAAAGUGUGUGGAUGUGAUGAAUAUUUUCUAGAAAAAUAUCCCCUGAGUCAGUAUAAGUAUAUAAGAAGCUGUAUAAUGCUUGGAAGGAUGCCCAAUUUAAUGCUGAUGGCUAAAGAAAGCCUUUACUCGCAACUGCCAAUGGACUGCUUUACCAUGCCAUCUUAUUCCAGACGUAUUUCUACUGCUACACCGUAUAUGAAUGGAGAAACAUCUACAAAAUCCCUUUGGGUCAUUAAUAGUGCACUCAGAAUAAAAAUUCUUUGUGCUACCUACGUGAAUGUAAAUAUUCGAGACAUUGAUAAAAUCUAUGUUCGAACAGGUAUCUACCAUGGAGGAGAACCUUUAUGUGACAAUGUGAACACUCAAAGAGUCCCUUGUUCUAAUCCCAGGUGGAAUGAAUGGCUGAAUUAUGACAUAUACAUUCCUGAUCUUCCUCGUGCUGCUCGACUUUGCCUCUCCAUUUGCUCUGUUAAAGGCCGAAAGGGUGCUAAGGAGGAACACUGUCCAUUGGCUUGGGGAAAUAUAAACUUAUUUGAUUACACAGACACUCUAGUAUCUGGAAAAAUGGCUCUAAAUCUUUGGCCAGUACCUCAUGGAUUAGAAGAUUUGCUGAACCCUAUCGGUGUUACUGGAUCAAAUCCAAAUAAAGAAACUCCAUGCUUAGAGUUGGAGUUUGACUGGUUUAGCAGUGUAGUGAAAUUUCCAGAUAUGUCAGUGAUUGAAGAGCAUGCCAAUUGGUCUGUAUCCCGAGAAGCAGGAUUUAGCUAUUCCCAUGCAGGACUGAGUAACAGAUUAGCAAGAGACAAUGAAUUAAGAGAAAAUGAUAAAGAACAGCUUCGAGCAAUUUGUACACGAGAUCCUCUUUCUGAAAUCACAGAGCAAGAGAAAGACUUCUUAUGGAGCCACAGACAUUAUUGUGUAACGAUCCCAGAGAUUCUACCCAAAUUGCUUCUGUCUGUUAAAUGGAAUUCUAGAGAUGAAGUAGCCCAGAUGUACUGCUUGGUGAAAGACUGGCCUCCAAUCAAACCAGAGCAGGCUAUGGAGCUCCUGGACUGCAAUUACCCAGAUCCGAUGGUUCGAGCUUUUGCUGUCCGAUGCUUGGAAAAAUAUUUAACAGAUGACAAACUUUCUCAGUACCUAAUUCAGCUAGUACAGGUCCUAAAAUAUGAACAGUAUUUGGAUAACCUUCUUGUGAGAUUUUUGCUUAAGAAAGCACUGACUAAUCAAAGGAUUGGGCACUUUUUCUUUUGGCAUUUAAAAUCCGAGAUGCACAAUAAAACAGUUAGUCAGAGGUUUGGCCUUCUUUUGGAGUCCUACUGCCGUGCGUGCGGGAUGUACCUGAAGCACCUGAAUAGACAGGUUGAGGCUAUGGAAAAGCUCAUUAAUUUGACUGACAUUCUCAAACAGGAAAAAAAGGAUGAAACACAAAAGGUUCAAAUGAAGUUUUUAGUUGAGCAGAUGAGGCAGCCAGAUUUCAUGGAUGCCCUACAGGGCUUUCUGUCUCCCUUAAAUCCUGCUCAUCAACUAGGAAAUCUCAGGCUUGAAGAGUGUCGAAUUAUGUCCUCUGCAAAAAGGCCACUGUGGUUGAAUUGGGAGAACCCAGACAUCAUGUCAGAGUUACUGUUUCAGAACAAUGAGAUCAUCUUUAAAAAUGGGGAUGAUUUACGGCAAGAUAUGUUAACACUUCAGAUUAUUCGCAUUAUGGAAAAUAUCUGGCAAAAUCAAGGUCUUGAUCUUCGAAUGUUACCUUAUGGUUGUCUGUCAAUUGGUGACUGCGUGGGACUGAUUGAGGUAGUGAGAAAUUCUCACACAAUCAUGCAGAUCCAGUGCAAAGGUGGCCUGAAAGGCGCACUGCAGUUCAACAGCCACACUUUACAUCAGUGGCUCAAGGACAAGAACAAGGGAGAAAUAUACGAUGCAGCCAUAGACCUGUUCACACGUUCGUGUGCUGGCUAUUGUGUCGCUACUUUCAUUUUGGGAAUUGGAGAUCGACACAAUAGUAACAUCAUGGUGAAAGAUGAUGGACAACUAUUUCAUAUAGAUUUUGGACACUUUUUGGACCACAAAAAGAAAAAAUUUGGUUAUAAGCGAGAACGUGUACCAUUUGUUUUGACACAGGAUUUCUUAAUAGUGAUUAGUAAAGGAGCCCAAGAAUGCACAAAAACAAGAGAAUUUGAAAGGUUUCAGGAAAUGUGCUACAAGGCUUAUCUAGCUAUUCGACAGCAUGCCAAUCUCUUCAUAAAUCUUUUCUCAAUGAUGCUUGGCUCUGGAAUGCCAGAACUGCAAUCUUUUGAUGACAUUGCAUAUAUCCGAAAGACAUUAGCCUUAGAUAAAACUGAGCAGGAGGCUUUGGAGUACUUCAUGAAACAAAUGAAUGAUGCACAUCAUGGUGGCUGGACAACAAAAAUGGAUUGGAUCUUCCACACAAUUAAGCAACAUGCAUUGAACUGAGGUGAUAACUGACAAACUGAGAGCUCAAGGUCUGGAUUCUACACCGCACUGUUAACUGUCAGCAAGCAAAGACUGAUUGCAUAGGAAUUGCACAAUCCAUGAACAGCAUUAGAACUUACCGCAAGAACAGGAAUAAAAUACUAUAUAAUUUAAAUAAUGUAAAUGCAAACAGGGUUUGAUAGCACUAAACUAGUUCAUUUCAAAAUUAAGCUUUAGAAUAAUGCGCAAUUUCAUGUUAUGCCUUAAGUCCAAAAAGGUAAACUUUGAAGAUUAUUUGUAUCUUUUUUUAAAAAAACAGAACAAAACAAAAAUUCCCAAAAUAUACAUAAACGAUGGAGAAGGAAAAAGAAAGAUGUUGUAUUUGUCUUGUAAAUGCUCCGCGCCUUGAGAUGUGGACACAAUUAAGGCUGUUAUUGCAUUAGGACUGAGUCAGCUGGAGUUUAUGUUGAAUUACACAGAAUGAAAACAAAGAAUAAUUUCUUAUUUUUCCCAUUGCUGUUCAAUUUAGUUUGAAGUGGGUUUUUUGACUCCUUGUUUAAUGAAGAAAAAUGCUUGGGGUGGAUGAAUUCUUAAGAUUUCUUCAAAGACUUUUUCUUUAUAAUAAAUCAAAUCUUUUGGUGAUUUGGGGGUCUUAGCUGCGCAAUUUUGGGAGCAGUCACAAAUGAGACCUGUAGUAUGCUGGUGUUUUUGGUUUUAGAUUUUUCAUUUUUUUUUUUUUAACAGUAUUUACAAGGAUCUGACUCUUAUUUCCUAGGGAAAUUCUGGGCUCCCACAAAGUAAAAUAAUCAUCCUAGAAAAAGAAUGAGCAGGAGUAGUUCUCAUUCCAGAGUUGUACAGUAUUCACCUUAAGUUGAUUUUUUUCUCCUUUUGCAAUUGAACUGAACACAUUUUUCAUGCAUGUUUUCCAGAAAAUAGAAGUGAGUAUUAAUGUUAUUAAAAAAAGAUUAUUUUUUUUAUUAAAGGCUAUUUAUAUUAUAGAAACUAUCAUUAAUAUAUAUUCUUUAUUUACAUAAUCUGUCCCAUAGUCAUGCAUUGUUUUGCACCCCCAAUUUUUUAUUGUUAGUAGCAGCAUGGUCAGCUUUUCUCUUGAUCUAUAGGUGAGGCUCAGGCACUACCCAUUUAUACCAUUAGCCAGUGUACAACUGGUUAAGGAAAGCAGAUUUAACUUCAUCUGUUUUCCUUUGCUUUUGUUUCCACAUGAAUCCCUGAUCUUCCAUCUUCUUUUAUAGUUGAGAAUGGCUGAAUCAUAUGAAAUUAGUUGCCAAAAUUAAUACCAUUUAGACUAUUUUCCUGAAUGCUAACCCUCCCCCAACCUCUACUGAGGUAAGUUCAUGAAUAAUAUUUAUAAUAUGGAGGAACAGAAACCAUGAGCCUUUUACCUUUUUAAGCUACGUAUCAAUAUCUGAAUAGUGUAAGUAGGACAUUAAUCCAUUUUAAGAUCAUAUCUACUAUUUCCUCGUCACAGCUCACUCUGACCUUAUUAAAUCCCUUUCGAGUACAUGACACAUUCAUAAACAUGUUAAAAAGCAUUAUCCAAAAUUAGGAGUUAUUGUUAGUCAUCACACUAGAAUGUGGUAUUUUAUUCAGUAUUUGAAAUGAAUGGCUAAUGUCCUGGGAAAUAGCUUUAGCAAAUGCCCAGGUGCCACUCCAAAAAAAAAAGUGCAAUAAAUUCCUGACAGUUUUAGAUAUUAUUGGAAAACAACAGUAUAAAGAGUGCACACUGUAAACUCUAGUAUAACAUUAUCACUUUUAAAAUGCUCUAUGAAAUCAGGUACCUAUACUAGAAGUCUCAAAUAGUGAGCAAAGGACUCUAAUACAAAUACUCUUAAUAUCUGGCUAUCUUAGGACCCUUAAAGGGCAUAAUUAUUGAAGAUUUAGGUGCUUAACUAAAGCAUGUAUAUAAUAUUGCCAACAAGAAAAAUGAAUUUGAAGAUUAGGGAAAUUUAUUUCUGUAAACUGUCUUGGAAUAGUUAAGCAGAAUUUAAACGGUUUUGAGCUGGAAAACAAGUAGAUUCUUUUGCAGAUAAAAAGCUCAUAACUGAAGACUUCACAGUUAUCAUUUUAUGUGAUUUAGAUAUACCCCGCUGAUACAAACUAAAAUCAUGAUGUUUUCUAUAUCAGGGCUUGAUUAUAGGAAAACUCAGUAAAUGGUAUAAAUCUGAAACCUUGGGGUGGAAACUGAAGAUUUAACAGAGAACCAUGUUUUACCUGAGUGCCAAAAAAGCCUUGAGCCUCCCCAUACAGAAUUUGUACAGUUUUGCAUCUUUUUAACAUCAAUCCAGAUACUUUACCCACCCACCUUCCCUACGUCCUCUCCACCAUUAAAGCAUACAUGGCACAUAACCUGUUUUAUCAUUUCCAUUUACUUCUUAGUUAUUAAAACCAAAUUAAUUUUGUAGGAUUAAAAAUAGGCAAAUUUUGUAAAGAAUGUAGAUUAAGAAAUGAAAGGAGGGACAGUAAUGCUCAGAAAGGCAAAAGAAAGGACUUGACUAAAACAGAAUGCUAAUGGGUGCCUAGGAUCUGUGUGGAAAUCAAUGACAACAGAGCUACUUGUGUGUACUUCAGUGUCAGAGACCCGUUCCCAUGAAUUGGUCACUUCCUGUAGUCAACCCUCCUUGUCACUGAACAUGCUGUGACAACUGACUCUUGCCUCUACAGUUUCAUUGGGUCACUUAAAACUAUUUCCUUUAAUAAUCACUUUGGAGUAAAAAAAGAGAAAAUGUAUUGUAGCUAGAAAUAACUGUUUGGAAAUCAUUCUUUAAACUUUUUACCAUAUUCUCAACUAUACAGAAGCAUUUAUUUUGAAUAUUUUUAGACUGCUGUUAAUUUUAAAUCUGUUAAUCGGUUUACAGAAUUUGGUUUGUUUUUUUUUUUUAAUGUUUCUAAUUGGAUUUUUUAAAGAAUGGAAUUUGGUUGCUAUUUUCUGAUAGAACCUAAGCUUUCUGUGGUUCUUAGUGUCCUGUAAAAUUCAGUGUCAAGUAAAUCAACUCUGAGGUUUUCCCUUCUAUUAUGCUUUAUAUUACAAGCCCAUUAGGAAAUGGGAACCUGGUGAAUAUAUAAUGAAUUGUAAAAUAUUUUAAUGUGUAAUUUUUCAACUGUGAAACUAUGACUAUUGGGUUGUUUUUUUUUUUAUGAAAACAGCUGCUGAUCAAGUAUUUUGUGUAAAGUGUAGUUCUUACUCAUCAGGCAAAUGAUGACUUGAUUAGACUGUAUAUGCCUUCUUGAACUUUACCUUCAAUGGAUUGGUGACUUUCACAUAGAUAAAAUACAGUCCACCUGUAUGCUUUUUUCCAAGUAAAACUGGGUGAUUUUGCUUAUGGAAAAAAUUGUGAGCAAUCUAUUUCAAAGGCACCUUGGAAAUUGCACAGCACCAAAAGUUGGAUUUAUUUUCUGAAUGUUCUUACACAUCCAAUCUAUGAUCUGAUCAGUAGCCCAUCCUUGCCAACUCUGUGAUGAAAUUUAAUUUCAGCAGUAUUUUGAGGCACAUUAACUUCUUAUUUCUAUGUCUACACAACUUCACCACCUGGGCUGGACCCAUAUACUCAAAGUCCACUUUAAAAAAUAAUUUGGUGUCCAAGACAUCACUAAAAUAAUUCAGUUUAAAGGCAAUAUGUGGUGUUAAUAGAUUGUGGUGCUUUUUUAAGACACUUUCCUACUUCAGAUGUUUUUGAGAAACAGAAAAUGUGGAGGGAGAGGGUGGGACAGGGAGGAGCCAUGAACCGCAUUCUUUAUAUCCAUCCUGCUCAGAUGGGACUGAGGGCCAUGAGACAUUGUGCAUGCCAUGACAGAAUCAGCCCUUCAUGAGGGAUGGGAUUGUGAAGGUUGAAAUGUAAAUUUCAGCAUGGACAGCAUCCUAGAUAGAAAUUCUCAGUGACAAGAUAAUACAGCUGUGCUGUUUUUAAGACACAAACAAAACCACUUUUAAUUACUACAUUAAAAUUGUAAAUAUAUCUUAUGUGCCAUGGCCUGGAAAACCUAUUUCCUUUUCUCUUAAAAGUUCUUUGCACUCUUUGAGAUUAUGAAGUUAAGUUCAAGGUGACUGUGGUCCUGAUCAAUUGGAUGGUUAACUCUACCUCAGAAGACUAGGAAAAAAAGAUGAGUCGCAAUUCAAUACAACAGGCAAAAGUCUUGCAGCACACGCUGCUUUAAAGCUAUAAAAAUCAGAAUUGGCAUGCAUUCUUUUAACUGCAGUAGGAGACAUUAAGAAAAGUGCCAUCAAUCAUAGUGCCAGCCAUUUGGAAAAGGCUACAGUGAGGAUGUUUGUGGUAUGAGGUUUCUUGAAUACAGCGUUUAAAGUUUAUUUUGUUCUCUUUACUUCAUUGUUAUCUGAUAUGGUAUAUUGGCACACAUUUCUAUUUGUAGAUACACUGCUUUCCAGUCCUGGUCAAAAGACAUCUUUUAUAAAAGGUGUAAACAAAUAUCAAAGUUCUAAAAUUCCAGAGUUUGAAAUUCAUUAAGAGUCUUUUCUCCCAAGUUGGGAUGUUAGUCUUUAAAGAAAUCUUUCAUUCAAGUAUUCCACUUGAAUAAAAAUCCUGUACUUCCUUGUUAUUAAUACAGCACCAUUCCUUUUUCGUGGUUUUAAGUGUGUUAGUAUUCCAGCCAUGCUAAGUAUAGAAACUGAUAGGUGUGAGCCAUAAGGACAUUUUCUGACUUUUUUUUUUUCAGAAAUAUGUGUAAGAGUUAUGUGGGGAAGUAAAAAUUACUCCAUUGUAUAUAAAGUGUAAUUAGAUAACUGAUUUUCACUACCAACAGUAGAUCCUAUUCGUCACACUGGUGAGUACAGGGAAAGUUUUUAAAUGAAUUUUGUAAGCCAAUUAAAGUCUAUCAGUCUUAUCUGCAACCUUAUUUAAUCUGUCACUAAGAUAAUUCUGUGGGUGUGCUAAGAACCAUGUAUAUUUUUAGCUAUUCUUAUUUUUGUUAAUCCUUCCCCUUGGCAAGAAGGCAGAUAAUCUUCACUGUUUUUCAUUAAAACAUGUUUAAUAAGAUUAAACUCAAUUCCAGUGUGCAUUUUCAAAUUUCAUUAUCUAUUGAUCUCAUGAGACAAAAAUCCCUUAUCAGAUAGAUUUGCUUUAUGUUCUAAGAGUUGUUGGAGUACUUGUCCACAUUUGGUUUCUAGAAAUGUAUUGUGUUAUAGAAACCAAGUUUCAAUUGGAGUUAAUGAUUUCAGUAUAAUUCAGUCCUUGGACUUAACUGAAGAGGAUAAAUCUAAAAGAAUACAUCCUUCUGGAACAUAACACAACUGUAAUUCCUUGGGGAGUAUAACACUAGCAAAAGGUGACUACUAACACAUCAGAUAGUUAGUUUGGAAACUUCAACAGAGAAGUCAACCCAUCCUUUUUAGCCCCAUUGAUUGUAGUAACUGUUUCUCUACAUUUUGGUCAUACAAUGAACUAAAGUCCUGUGGUAUAAUGUAUAAGUUAGGACAAAUGCCUUUAAUACUCUUCAGUGAUGACCCAAAAACAAAAUUUUUGACACAGCAAGAUGCAUGUGUUAUUCUGUUGAGAAUGUAGGACAAUAAUACAAUAUGACUAAAUUUGAAACCUCUUCCCAGUCUUGCUGUACCUAGCAAGAAGUUUGGCCUGUGACUGCACUUACUGUUUGUGCUCAUCGGAAACUGUCAAUGUCUGCUUCUCUUGAACUUUGCAGUCUGUAACAUCACGCUGUUUUAUUAAAAAAAAAAAAAAUUGCUUUGA